AUGAUCUCAGCGAUGACAACCAAAGUGCCAAGUGUUUCUCGCCAGAGAGAUCCUCUACCCCUUGCUCCUCCAAACCGGUGGCUUCAAAACCAAGACCCAGAAAUGAUGGCUAUAGAUGAGCUGUGCCGGAUUGUUGGGGGCACCAACACCAAAUACCUCCUGGAAACCAAGGAAAGAUGGUCAGAUUUUUCUAAAAAAGUCCAAUUCUUUGGAAUUUGGAAAAAGGCCAUGACGCCUCCAUUGCCUUUGGAUGUUCAUGGAGCGGAUUUUAUGAUUGGUGUCUUGAGCGCACUCCCUUCACUUUUCCCUUCCCCAGCUGUACCCCCCAAAAAAAUGGCAAACGCUAGUGAAUCUCUGAUUCACAUACUCAAGUCUGAGGAGGACCCGGCCCUCUACUUGACAAAGCGUCCGCUAUUCACACCACUACUACUCUUCGAUGGAACAACGUGCAUAAUUGCAGUGGGCAAUGAACCAAUUUGCACCCUUUCGAAAGAGGACAUUUCUGAGGCAAUGUUGAUGUUCUCCCCGACACACGAGCGCUCAGGUGCAGCUGCUCUGAAGAGGCUGACAGGGCGGCUCUCCGUGCACACAAGAACACAUAUCGCCCGCUGCAGCGGCUGA